CCCAUGUGAUAGGAUAGGGGAGGAUGCUGACAAAGACACUUGUCCCAAUUGGCGAUCCCAGGAGCUCGAAAUCAUUGAAGUUGGUUGGCUGUGUGGAGGGCACGGAUACCAUCCUUGCCAUCACAGAUCUUGGUUCAUUCGCAAUUGAUCCCAAGUCCCUGAAGUUGAGAAAGCUGUCGGAUAAGAUUUGCAAGAAUGAGUUCGGAUUGGACCGAGUAUUUGAGAACCUCUUUCUCUACACGAGCUUCAACAAUCCACCAGCGGUGGCUGGUGUUGUGGGCGAAGCAAGCUCAAGUGAAGUAGGAGGUGCUGAUGCGGAAGUUUGAAUCUCUGGCAAGGCGUUGAAGCAUGGAAAGUUCAGUUCGUCUUUCGGUGUCGGUUAUCAUUUGGAGUUUUUGUCCUAUAUAUGUUUGAUAUGGGUCGUCUUACCUUUGGUGUCAUGUUAAGGGUCGGGUUCUAAGUUGGUCAGCCAGCAUGCUUCCAUUUCUUUGCGUGGUUAUUGUCAAGCUCUUGUUCCUUCAGUCAUCUUGAUAGCUUGUCCUGCAGGCUACAGCUACUAAGCCUGGCAGAAUGUUUUCUGUUUUGUUAUAUACUGUAUCAGAUAGCAACUUUGCCUGCCAGAAUGUUUCCAGUUUAGUUAUACUUAUCAAAUAGGCAAAUGGCU